UCCUUUCAGCCCUAUUAUUCGCCAUUAUCCACACCAUACAUCACAAACCCACAGUCCAGAAAAUUACAUUAAUUAUCGAAUGUAGUAAUGCAGAUUAGGACUUUUCCACUCUCAGUUCCUCACUAUCGCCACAAAUUUCCAGUACCACGUGCCAAUGAAUAAUUCUUCUGGUUAUUAAUUUACCAGUUUCUUCAGUUUCCAUUGUCCCUUUCUAAAAGCUCUAUCUUUGGUGUUUAUUCACUGUUUGCUUCUACGGAAAUUAGGAAAAUGGCUUUGCCUCAACUAUUGCCUUCUUCUUCUUCGAGAAUUUCCCAUAAAUCUCUCUUAAAUCCGUAUAAUUACCACUUAAACCAAAGCCCAGAUACAUUUUUUACUACUACUCAGUCAUUCUCUCAUCGCCGCCGUCAACGGCGGAAACCCAACUCACUUCGCUGCUCAGCUUCCUCAUUUUCCGAAAAACACCACACCAACUCCCCGAAAUCCGAUGAUGUCGUGGAGUUGCCGCUGUUUCCCCUGCCACUUGUUCUUUUUCCGGGGGCUAUACUCCCUUUACAGAUUUUCGAGUUCCGGUACCGCAUAAUGAUGCACACCCUUCUCCAGACUGAUCUCCGGUUCGGAGUAAUCUACACUGACUCUACUACUGGCACGGCGGAAGUGGGCUGCGUGGGGGAGGUUAUUAAGCACGAGCGCCUUGUGGAUGAUAGAUUCUUUUUAAUAUGUAAAGGGCAGGAGCGUUUCCGUGUUUCCAAAUUUGUGCGAACCAAGCCUUAUUUAGUGGCGGAGGUGGUUUGGCUUGAGGACCGCCCCUCGGGGAAUGGCGAAGUGGAGGACUUAGAUUCCUUGGCGAAUGAGGCGGAAAUGUACAUGAAGGAUGUGAUUAGAUUAUCCAAUAGGUUGAAUGGGAAGCCUGAAAAGGAGGUUCAGGAUUUGCGGAGGAAUCUUUUCCCUACUCCAUUUUCGUUCUUUGUGGGGAGUACUUUCGAGGGAGCACCCAGAGAGCAGCAGGCAUUGCUGGAGUUGGAGGAUACUACGACGAGGUUGAAGAGGGAGAAGGAGACACUGAGAAAUACGCUAAAUUACUUGACAGCUGCCUCUGCUGUUAAGGACGUAUUUCCUUCAUCGUAAGAUGAUGGAUGUGGGGAUGAAAUGAUAGACUUUUGAAAUUUGUAGUUACGGUGUUGUAUAUGCAUACAUUUCGACUCAACCAGGUUCUUAACUGGAGAAUGCAGAGACCAGAAGCAUGAAGCACGUUAAAUGUAGUUUCCUUUUUCAGUUCUUUGAUAUUCAUAUCUUGUAGAACAGUAGAAGAAUUAAAAUGGGAGAUGGAUAUGGAUUUGAAUUUGAAUUUAUGAAAGAAGAAUAUCUUCUGCAUUUAGGAACAUCAAGUUAUACAAUCAA